AUGGUAGAGCAACCCGCAAACGUGGAUGCUGCCGUGAAUACCCCAGUUGUGGUUGAUUCAAACGAUGAUGGAACAGUCGCCCAGGAACUGAAAUUAGAGCAUAUGAGGAGUACAUUCGAAGAAGCGAUUGUGGAAACGCGCAGUACGCCUCUCGAAAAUCGACCGCGACUUCCCCGCAUAGCCCUAAGCAAGCGGAAUCGGGCUGUCGUGAGGGCUCUGAACCCAAUGCUGGUGACCUAUUUGGAAGCCAGCCGGGACCUUUGCGAGACGGACUCAAUUCUUUUUGGCGCCGCGCUGGCAGUCUGCCGUAUCAUAGGCGCCAAGGUUUCCACGGCUGGACGUGCUACUGGCCAUAGUAGCGCUAUCCCAGCAUGGAGAAGAAGAAUUGAGGAACGUAUCGCAAAGGCUAGAGCUCUCAUCGGCAGACUGAUAUGCUUCAGAUCAGGCAACAACAGGCCAAGAAUUGUGCGCACCGUCAGGAUGGCGUUUGCUGGGACAAAUGUCAGUUUGUCCCAGCCGGAUAUAACGCAAAAACUGACGGAGCGCAUAGAUGAUCUGAAGCAGAGAAUCGCUGCUUGGGGAAAGCGGAUUCGGCGAUAUACCGAGAGGUCGACACGGUUCAACCAGAAUCGUCUCUUCCAGAGUGAUCAGAAGAGGCUCUAUGAAUCAUUGGAGCGACCAAUGGUAAGUGGAACGGGUCCAGCACCGAAUCAGGCCGACACUGUAGCAUUCUGGCGCGGCCUGUGGUCAGAGCCCGUAAACCACAGCGAGGGCCCUUGGACGGAAGUUGUGGCGAGUCAGUGUGCGGGUAUUACGCCCAUGGACCCCGUCAUCAUAACGCCGGAUGACGUAGCUGAGGCGGUCCGUAGGGCCCCGAACUGGAAAAAGUCCGGGGCUUGA